AUGGGAAGAUCUGUUCUCAAGCGCUCCCGUGUGGAUCUUGGCGUGGCAAGUCAAGUUUUGAUCGGGGAUAUGAACCCUGGACACGAUUCAUCAGCAACCGGGCAAUCUUGUCUUUUCGUUACUGAAUUGCAUUCUGAAACAAAGGUUAUCGAUGUUUCUGAUACAGACGAGCAAGUUAUUAGAAGUUUUGAGUCAGCUAGCAGUAUGCGCUAUGGUAAGAGAAGGAACAGGGAAAGACUUUCACGAGCUGGCUCUUCUACAGCAGAUGUGGCAAUUCGGCAGGAAAUAUAUACCCCACUUGAAGAGUUUCACAGUUUAGACUAUGUUUUAUCCCGUGAUACUUUAGCGAGUUCUAGCUCAAUGUCCACUUCCAUUGAUCAAACUUUCCUUUCCGGUGGUUCAUCCACCACUACUGUGACUCCGGACAAUAGAGAUUGCACUAUAAAAUCUAGAGUUAUCAAUAGCCAGUCACCAAAUGGUAGCCCAGGAAGACCCAUAGCUGCUGAUAUGCAUGCAUUCUCUGAGUCUGUUAAAUCCAAGUUUUCUGCUGCUUCAGCCAGGUAUAAGGAAUCAAUCUCUAAAAGCACCCAAAGUUUAAAAGAGAAAUUACUGGCUACAAAUAGUCCAGUUAAAGAAUUAAGCAGAGGAGUUCAGCGAGAAAUGAGUGCGGGAAUUGCUGGAGUUGCUACAAUCUUUGAACGGUUGGACCCUACUUUAAAAAGAAGCAGUGAUGGAGUAAACUCAAACCUUUUUAAAGGGAAAUGUACACAGGAUAAUGUAAUAGCUUCACCUGUUCAUGGAAACUCUGCUGAUGCUAUUGGAAAUGUGAGUUCGAAUUUAGGAACUAUGCAUCUCUAACUGGUUUCAGGGUGUCUGCCUGUCUGGUCUGCGCAGGAUCUGAUGACCGUUGCACUUGUGAAAGAAAGGUUACUGUCGAGUUCCUUCUACAUGGGAGAUAUAGCAAAGUGACGUACACUAAUGUGUGAAUCUACCAUCAUAUCGAUGGGUGAAAUUUG